AUAUGAGGAAGUUGCCACAGAUGCACGAAUGCCAGUACUGCUGUUUGGAACUUGAAGUCGACGAGAUUUUACCUUUUCGAGCAUGGAUUCCAAUUCCAACAUUGUGGUUGUAACUGGUAAGAUUUUUAUUUUUUAUUUUCUCCUUUUCACUAGAGAAGGUAUGCAUACAUGCUUGAUCUCUGUCAUAAACAGUUCCUGGAGGGAAAAACGGUAGCAAACGGACAUACUUACAAUUCCAAAUGGAAAAUAACUUACUGCUGUGCCUUCUUAAGAUACAUGUCAGCGGAAACAAACUGCAGCAUGCCCUCUUUACUGCCAUCCACUUUGGUUUGUUGUUCAUUCUCUCCAUGUUUUAAUCUUUGUUGACAUUCUCUCCGAUCCAAACCACGUAGCUCAAGGCAGUGCAGGCUAGUAUUAGAUAAAGCUUACCCAAAAGGAGCUCUGAAGCAGCAAAACCAGGUUGCAUCACAAUGUCACGUAGUCAGUGUCCAGAAUUAGAACAACACGUGGCAAGUUUCAGGGUCUCGGUGUCACGGCAAGCUGCAAAAUGGGCAGAACUCGUUUGGCUUGCUCCAAAAACCUGCAGUUGAAAAGAAUGGAAGUGCAGGAGAGAGCAAGAGGUUUUGGUCCCUUUAGACAAUACCUGGUUAAUUCUAGCUGGGAAGCAGUGAAGGAGCUGUCCAAGAGAGGCCUUGGAAAAAACAUAGAUCUUCGUAUCAUGCAACUACCAGUGGUUUACCAAAAAGCAAAGGAACAAAUCGUCAGGAUAUGGACAACUCUUCAUCCAAUCCUUACUGUUCACGUUGGGCUGGCUUCAUCUGCCAAAGCAAUCAUCAUCCUUGAGCAGUGUGGGAAGAACAAAGGCUAUGAAGAGAUGGAUGCUUGUGGUUUUCACCCAGAAGGUGGCUGUUGCAUGCUAAAUGGUCCGGAAAAGAUUGAAUCGACAAUUAACAUGAAGACUAUCUGGAAAAAUAUUUCAGUGGAAGGAAUUGAUAUGAUCUUUUCCAGAGAUGCGGGAAGGUACAUCUGCGAUUACACCUAUUACACUUCCCUGUAUUACGGCAGUGGAAGAGCAGCUUUCAUCCAUGUGCCUCCAUUAUCAAAGUCAGUAACAGCAGACUCUCUAGGAAAAGCAUUACAGACAAUUAUCUUAGAAAUGUUAAAACAGUGCUGGGAACAGAGGGAGUGAGAUGGAACGUGAGAAAAAAGGAGGUUUCUUAAAAUGGAUUUUCUUAUCUCUUAAAAGUAGCAAAUCUAAUGAUUAUUUAAAGCCCUUAAAGAUUUUAUUCCAGGUUAUUUUCAGGGAAAUCUCCUUACAAAAACCAAACAACUGUUUCCAUCUCUGCUAGAAAGAUCUUGAGGGGAAAAAAAAACCAACAAAAAAGUGACAGUUUGUAACACUGAGAUUGCUUCAGAUUUAAGAAAGUGCAAGAAACAGGACUUAAACGUGGUUAUACAUUUCCUAAAAUCUCUUAAAAGCAAGAUUUUAAAAAACUAAUUAAAAAUAAAAAUAAAAAACAAAACAAACAACAGAUGUCAAAAGAUGUUACUACAGAUUUGCUGAAUCAAGAUCCAUUCUUACAUCCUUAAGGACAUUCAGCACUGACAUCACAAAGUUCCCCAAGUCCCUGUUCAAGUGCAGUGACACAUUUUCAUCUAAUGCAAGGUGCCCAUAUAUAAACUUCAAAUAUGAGGGAAAAAUAAAACACAGGUAGAGAUCCUGUUAUUUGAAGAUUUUUUUCAGCUUCUGUAUCUCUUUGAGACCUGCUGUACGUGCUGGCUUUCACAUACAAAAUAGGCUACGGAUCUGGGGUGACUUAAAACAAAAAAAGCUGGAGCCUGGCAGACACUGUAAUGCUACUUGAGUUCCAACUGCCUGAAAACAACAUUUCCCCAAAUUCUCAGCAUAUGUUCCAAAGGAAAACACUGCUGUCCUUCCACAAAGCACAGCACAAAGACAACAGUCUUUCAGUACAAUGGGUCAUGCUACUCCGGGAUUUAUACAUCAAAAUCAACAAGCUAACUUGUCCCAAGAAAGGCAAUCAGUGAAGCACUGUGCAGCGGAAUGCUAUGGCACAUUAUCUUUCUUACAAAACAGGAACCAAAUGAGAUCCCAAGUUGUAAAGCUUGAGAUCAGACAGUGACAGAUCACUUCUGAGCUUCUCCCCUGCCAAGCCAGGCUCCUCAAAGUCUCAGACACGGCUAUAUACAGAAGCACUGCUCUGUUAAGGCUGGGCAAGACAGAGGUUUACAGUGUCUCCUCUUUAGCACACAGGGAAUGUCAAUGCACAGUUUUGCUUGUACCAUGACAGACAAUUAUGACAUAAAACUAGCACGUAUUUUUCAAAAACAAUCACCAGAACAGAACAGCAGCAUCUCCACGUGGACACCUGGGAUUUUUCUAUGGGAAACAAAAGCUCAUUCCUCUAGCGCUGUCAGUAAAAAGGACAAGAGACAAGGAUAACCUAAUGGCACAGACACCUGAACAAGCUCUGGGCCACCACUGUGCCUUAGUCAAGACUCCGAUGACAAGACUCAGAGAAACUGUAAACGCCAAGAUAAUGCUAGUUUUCUUGUCACCAUUUUUCUAACAACCUUUGCAGACAACUGAAAACUUUGUGCUGGAUGGUUGAAUGCCUCAUGUAUGCAUCGCUGUAACAGCAAAUUAAACUAUUUCCUUCAAAUAAAUAAAUAAAAGUGCUUUCCUUAUUCAAAUGAA